GUUGUGGUGCCAUGCUCUUUCAUCCCUUCUUAUUAUUUCACACCAAAAUAUAUAGUUUGGUUCAAAUGUGAUGCAUCCAAAACUAAAUGUGUGGAAUCUGACAUGAUAUUUCACACCAACCCGAACAAAUUUCAGUCAGAGUUUAAAGGACGAGUGUCGCUGUUGGAGCCAGAUGUGAGCCAGAGGAACUGCAGCAUCAUCAUUAAUGACCUCAAGAAGUCUGAUUCUGGAACGUAUCAAAUCAGAGUAAACGGUCUGUUACUUGAUGAAACAAGUGGCAUAACAUUUUAUAUAAGAUCGCCUGUUUCUGUUAGAGGUCUAAGUCAGAAACCCACAGUGGAGGUUCCUCCUCUGAUGGAGGGACAGCAGGCCACCCUGACCUGCACUGCUCCUGGUCUCUGCUCUGGAUCUCGUCCUGAAAUCACCUGGACGUGGAGAGGAACGAGAGAGAACAGCUCUCAGUUCACAGGAAACAUCACUGACUUCCACACUGAGAAUCUGACUGCAGUCGCACAAAGACACAGCUCAACUCUGACCUUUGACCCUUCAUCUGAACACCACGGCACCAGCGUUACCUGUAGGGUCAGCUUCACCGGAGGCGCAGUAACAGAAGAGACUGUGACGCUGAACGUGAGCUAUGUGAAGGAGGUUAAAAUCAUCGGUGCUACCAACGUGAGGGAGGGUGAAACUCUGAAUCUGACCUGCAGUGUUGACAGUUUCCCGCCAUCGGAUGUUAUGUGGACUAAAUUUGGGGCAGACAAUCUGUUGAAGAACAACAGUUCAGUUCAUCUGCAGGAAGAACAAGGAAUCAGCUCUGUUUCCAUCUCUAACGUGACAGUAGAUGUUUCUGGGCUUUACAUGUGCAUGGCCAAGCAUGUGAACAAAACUCUGUCGAAGAACGUUAACGUAACAGUGACAUGGUUUUCAAAGGUCUUAAACAGUUCUGGAUGUGUUCAUCGGUCCAAGACUUUGACCUGUGUGUGUAUCAGUGAGGGGCUUCCCUUACCCACAAUCAGAUGGCCUCUGCUGAAGAACCACACUGGUUACAUGGUCAUUACCACAGUGUCAAACAACACCAUCAACAGCACUGUUUCUCUGAGCGUGGAAAACGGUGGCAACAUGAGUGUUGAAUGUUUCAGCAGCCAUGAAAAUGGGGAAGCAAAAGAAAACCUCACUGUUAAACACGACGUGGUGGAAAACCUAGUAUCCAACAAUCUUAUGGGAACAGCUGCUAGGGUGGAAGUCGUCAUUGCCUUUUUGAUAGGAGUUCUACUUUCAGCCAUCGUUUGUUGUUUGGGUAGCGCAUGCAACAGAAUGAAACAAAAGAAAUCUGAACAUUUGGACGAGACCCUGGAGAUGAUGAACAUUCAACACAAUCAGACCAAAGACCAAGAAGGGACUGAGAAUGGAGCUGUGGCUGCAGAGAAAGUGCUCCCUGAACCCAGCUGCAGUCCAAACGAUGUGGAGUACGCCAGCAUCGAUUUCUCCAAGCUGAAGACGUGGAUUUCCAGGAAGAAAGCAAAGGAGCUGGAGAGCAUGGCGACAGAAUAUGCAGAAAUUAAAAUCGGGGUAAAAGAGGAAACAAAAGUUAACAAGGAAGUUGAGACGUUGGAGGGUAAAGAGGAGGAGCCGGUGAUGGACGGUGAGGAGAAAACAAAAGAUGGUUUAGAUGAGCAGGGAGGUCAAGGGGAGGCGGUUUACUCCACUGUGAAGGACGUAAUGGAUGAGAUCUGA